ACAAGUAAAUUUUGUUUUACAUAAUUGAUCUAAUAUUACGCGUUCCUCAUGCACUAAAGUCUUAACUUCUAAUUAAGAACGAAAAGGAACUUACCGCUGCACUGUAACAUUAGAGUUUUUAUCACACGUCGAUGACACAAUGUCCUCUGUAUAUAAAGCCAUGAAACCAACAAAGUUAUUGCAUUAUUCCACAAGUUUCUCUUCGUCUCUCUCUUGAACUUCUGAUUCGAACUCUUUGUUGAUUAUACAAACCUACAAUUGUUUCUGAUAACAUGAAAACCUUUAAGUUACUCAAAUGUUGGCCCAACGCCGACCCCAACACGUCUACUGUUGCUGAUACUGAUAAUGUUCCUUAUUUUGAUUCUGUUAAGAAUUUAAUAUAUGGAAUCGAUUAUGUAACUAACCCCGAUGAAGAUUCCUUCUUCGAUUUGGUGUUCACAGGGCCUGAUGGGCGCCCUAAAGUAGUCUGUAACUCUAAAUCCGUGAAGCAGAGGAAGAUCGGUGAAUUUGAUUCUCCAAUUGACUCACAAUCCAAAUCUCCUUCUCCGGUUAGCGUGCUCGGGUCUGGUAUUGUCUUUUUGUUCAGAUUCAGGAAAUCGAAUUCAGAUAAAGCGGGAAUAGAUGAACCGAAGCAGUUAAACAAGACAAGUUUGCACAGAGGAAGCAGUUUAAGAAGCAAACUGGAGAGAGAGAGGGAGGAGGAAUUUUCAGUUGACGAAUCCGCGCCAUUGCCAUCUAAGCAAUUUGCAAGAGCCAAGUUUUUGAAAUUGGUGAAGCGUGGGAAUUCCAAAAUGUGCACGGACAAAAUUAGAUUAUCAGAUCAAGUUUCAACUCCAUUCAUUAGCUCAUCGAGAAAGCAAUUGGAUGAAAAACAGGGGAACCGAGUCGCUGCAUUUGGAGCUGUGUGUAAGCACGUUAUGAAGAGCCGAUCGACGACUUCCUCCUUUGCCGGAGUUUCAUCGUCACUGCCGCCGAUGAAUCGCAGAGAUGAUUCACUACUGGAGCAAAAUGACGGAAUACAAGGUGCUAUUCUUCACUGCAAGAGAUCCUAUAGCACUGCAUCAAAAGACUGCUCGAUUAUAUUACCAAGAUGUACAACUGAAGAUGUAGCACGCACCUCUUGUUAUGAAGAAGAGAGCAGAUGGAGCAUUUGAAUUAUCAAUCCAUUUCUGUGUUUCACACUGUAAACUAAAAGCUAGGAGUUUUAGUUAACAGAGUAAAUGCUUUUGUAUAUAUUUUCUAUUAAAUUUUCAACUUUGUCUCUUCAUUCUGUCAACUUGUCCAAGUGUAUGCUAUGAAUUGAAUUUGAUCA